AUGUCUUCGUGGAUAAAAGCAUCUAAAGUUAAUCAAAAAACACACAGAGAACGUCACCAGCCCGAACAUCGUCAAAAGUACGGAUUGCUCGAGAAGAAAAAAGAUUAUAAGGUUCGAGCCAGACAUCAUCAAGAACGCGAACGUGUGCUUAAAUUAUUGAAGAAACGAGCACAAAAUCGUAAUCCAGAUGAAUUUUAUUUUCAUAUGACCAAAUCUAAAGUUGAAGAUGGGCGACAUACAGAAAUACGCGAGGAAGACGAACAUACUGAAGAUCAAAUUAAACUAAUGCAAACAAGAGAUUUGAAAUACAUCAAUAUGCGUGCUACUAUGGAAAGGAAAAAAGUUGACCGUUUACAAUCCCAAUUACACUUUUUAGAUCAAGCUAAUCAAACAACAAACAGUCACAUAUUUUUCAAUGACAAUGAUAAUCAGUGUGUUACUGAUUUAGCCGAAAAGUUGGGUACACAUCCUGAUCUCGUUGACAGAAAAACGAAUCGUUUAAGAUUAUCAGAUUUAGAAAAAAUUAAGCUUCCUGAUUUGGACGAACAGACAAUUAAAGAAAUGUUAUCUGAAAAAAAAAAAUCAUAUAAAGAACUAGAACGACGAAAAAAAAGAGAAAAAGAAUUGUCAGUUGUGCAGAGGAAGUUGGAAAUAAAAACUCAUUUGCUUAGUGGUUCCAAGCAAGAAACGCCCAAGAAGAUAAAGCCAGCAACAAAAGAUGCAGCUCCAAUUUAUAAAUGGAAAUACGAAAGGAAAAAGUAA